GGUCUCUUCGCGACUUUGUUCAAAUCAUGUGUCCACAAAUCGACAUUUUUCUUAUUUUUCACUUUCCUACGAACUGCGAAGAUUUGAAGUGGCGUUAAACUCUGACAGUGUCAGCAGAUCAGCUGACUAAUGGGAGUACCUAGUAGGAGGAGUCAGCUGUUGCUCUCAGCUGAUGACAGGACGGACAGACCGACAGUGUAUGGGAAGUUGCAUGUAACAGAAAACACAUAACACAUUGCCUCGUGUGUCAUCAACGAGCAGAAAAUAAGGGUGUUUGGUUCAAAGGCGAACUGUCCCUAGAUAUAACCUUGUAAAAUUUUUAGACCCUGCUAGCAUCUCAAUGCCAUUAAAAUUUUUCUGAUAUGGUUAGUUUCACAUGAUGUUAACUUUACAUCAAGCUUCUAAUAUGGCCCACCGAAACCGUGUGAUUAACCUCUACAAAUCGCUUGUGCAUCUUGGUCACGACUAUCCAUUGGGUUGGGACUACUUUAGGCCUCGUCUCAAGGCUGCCUUCAUGAAGAACAAAGACGUUAAAGAUCCAGAAAAGAUUGAGCAGCUUAUAGCCAGAGGAAAUUUUGUUGUCAAGGAAAUUGAAACGCUUUACAUGCUCAAGAAGUACAGAACCCUGAAGAAGAGGUAUUAUUCUUCUGAAAAUGAUUUAACAAUAAGUGAAUUCACUAAGAAGAUCGAAUCAGAUCUGUGAAUCACAUUUAAAGAAACUUUCUAUAAUUGGCUUGUUUUAUCAAAUGGGCAUCCUUGAGACUGAUACUAUUGUAAGGCACUCAAAAUAUCAAUAGGGCUGGGAAGAGACUUGUUUUGUACUCUGAAAUAAAGUGAGGAGAAAUUUU